AUGGCAGCGUUGGCGAACGCAGAUUUGGAGCGGCUGGCGCAGCUGGCGUCGGUAAUGGACAAUUCCAAGACGCGGCUGGCCGUGCUGUGCCGUGUAGUAUCAGCGGCGUGCCCUGAACAGGCAGAGACCGUGGAGUUCAUUAGUGAGGUGCACGCGGAGGAUGGGCAGCAGGCGACGUCUGCCAUGAGGGACGUGGCCGCGGCGGCCAUGUUUGACAUCAUUCGGCGGCAUGAUCGUUCUGGCAGGGCCCUGGCAUUUCCGCUGCGUGAUUGCGUGGCGUUGCCCAGCGCGCGCGCCAAUGAAAUGAUGCAGUGCACAUCGGCGUCAUACGGGCGCAGGAAGCAUGUGCCGUGCGGUGUGACGGCGAUGGAUUUCAUCGGCAGGAGCGUCCUGGGCAUUGUGGUGCAGGCAUUGGCCAGCACGCGUGCCUGGGCUGCUGAGCAGGGACUGCUUCGAAGGGCGGAGCAUGGAUCGCCCAUUGGGGAUGGGCUGGUGCUGGCGGGCGGGUGCGUUCACAACGCGCUGCAGCCGGCGGCUCAGCAACUGUCGGUGGCACAGGCCGACGCGGACGUGUUCUUGGUGGGUGCUGUCAGUGCCGCAGCUGGCGCGCGCAUGGCCGCACACUUUUUGGAGGGCCUGGCGCAUCGUGUGGAAGUGGUGCAAGGCAGCAUGCUGGUGACGGAGCGCUCCGUCGGCGCGCUGUACAUGAUACCACCCGGUUUCGCUGACGCGGGACGUGGCCUUCGUGUGCAGGUGUGCCUGCGGCCAUACUUUUCAACAUUCCACGUGUUGAACAGCUUCGACUUGUGCGCUUGCAAAGUGGCGGCGCUGCCGUCGGGAGCAAUCGUGGCCCAUCCACGGUUUGUGUACGGCUGCGCACGUGGGCGUGUGCAGAUGGUGCUGCCUUGUCUGUGCAUGCUGGGUGACCAGGUCGGUGCUGGUGACACCACACAUGGCGCACACCACAAGUGCACCGGCCAGCAGCAUGCUUGUGACAGCGCUCCAAGCCGCGAGCCGGUCAGAGAUGCCAAGUCUGUGGCCGGGGCCACUGCGCCAGGAUGCUCCAAAGUACCCAGGAAUGUGUUGCUCAGCAUCUGUUACAGCAGGAGUGGGCAAUGGUACGUCAGAUGGUCGACGGUGCUGCUGGUGUGUUGGCUGUGCAGCGACCCGGUUGCGUUGAUGUGGCUGGUGAUGCUGCUGACGCCUCUGCUGCUGCUCCUGCUGCUGGUGCACCUGAAGGGGCUGCUGCUGCAGCGGUUCGUGCUGAUCAGCCCAUUCCGCCAAAACCUGCUGCACGGACAGCACACACUUGAGCAGCACGCCCGGCAGAUGGUGAUUCUGACAUGCAGAGGCCAACCGCUCGACAAGCCGCGACGAGAUGCUGACGGCGUUGCCCUGUCCACACAUCUGGCAACAUAUCCAGUAGGCGAAUUUCAGGCGCAGGCACAUCAGUGGCACACGCGGCAAUGA